CUUUUAUUUCCAAAUAUUAUGAAAAAGUGUGUUCCUUUCCAAAUCACCCCUAUAUAAAUAUAUAUAUAUAUUCCCUCGACUUAAACCAACAAUACCUUUCCACUUUAUCCUUCAAUCUUCACCACUUGAGAGAAAGAGAUCAGAUGGAGGUCUCUCAACAGAGUCUAUUAGAUGAAUUAAUUAUGGGUCCGAAAAUAGAGUCCCCUUUCCCAAAUGAACUCCUCCAAAACACUUGGAACUUGACUACUCCUUUUAAUGAAUUAGUCUCCCCACCACCACUACUAACUAAUUCUCUCUUGGAACUCGAUCACUUCACCAACACCUAUAAUAAUGACGCUUUUGACCCUUUUCUCGAUGCCUUAAGCGCCUCGCCCGAUAUCUUCGCCUCACCGUGCGACUUUCCCCCAAUCGCAUUGUUCCACGAUGAUGACGUCAUCUUUGUCAAUAAUUGCAUCACCGACGGCAAUGCGGAGAGCUAUAGCACGGUAAAUUGUCCGGAAGUCGAGAUUUGUGUCGGGAAGAAAGGAAAGACUAAAAAGGCAGAUGGGCAGCCGUCAAAGAAUUUAAUGGCCGAAAGGAGACGCCGGAAAAGACUCAACGACAGGCUUUCUAUGCUCCGAUCUAUCGUCCCCAAAAUUAGCAAGAUGGAUAGAACGUCUAUACUGGGGGACACGAUUGAUUACGUGAAGGAGCUUCUGGAUAAGAUUCAAAAAGCAAGAGACGAGGUUUUGGAUGAGGAUAGUCAAAAUCAGGUCAAUAUUAUCAGAGACUGUCUGAAUAAGGAGAUUAAGCCGGAUAAUGAUUCUCAAGUCAGAAAUCCUCCAAAGUUUGAUGUGGAGAGAAGGAAGCAAGACACAAAAUUGGAGAUUUGUUGUGCACCAAAGCCAGGGUUAUUACUGUCCACACUAGGCACACUAGACGCUUUAGGCCUUGACAUUCAGCAAUGUGUUAUCAGCUGUUUUGCUGAUUUUUCUUUGCAGGCUUCUUGUUUGGAGGUUGCAGAGCAUCGAACCCUGGUGAGUCCCGAAGAUGUAAAACAGGCAUUGUUCAGAAGUGCAGAUCGACUACCGAUUUCAAAAAUUGGACGUGCGUUUCACGAAUUGGUUGCCGAUCUUUCGACGGGGAUCGAGGAUUUGCAUUUGAUGCUUAACAAGGUGGUUGUUUCAGAAUUGCAGACGAACCGCGAUGGGGCGGUGGGCCGUGGUAAUUGCGGGGGAGACAGAGGCGGACGUGGGGCAAGCAGCCAUGUCGGGGCUCCCCGACAGCGUUCCCCGCUACCUCUGAACGGCAACGACGUUGGCGACUCUACUGGGUCGGCUAACUCGUUUACAGAUCGACCACCAGGGCGAGGAGACGACACCCUAGGUCAGCCCCGAGUUCGCGAGCAGCGGCGGGCUGGAGGUGGUUUCGGAAGUGGUGGCGAGCGUGACGAUGAGGAAACCCUAGGGGCGGUCCGAUUUCGCAGCCAGCGGCGGCCUGAGGAGGGUUUUGAUUACCAAUAUCUGUUCAACCGCGCAGCCCUAGACGGCGAUUUCUGGCGAACUGCUUCAGGCUUCAGCCAGCGUCGUGAAUUUCACAGACGGGGGCCCGAUCGUGAGGGCUCAGCCUUCGCUGGGUUCGAACUGCCACGCUGCCGCUGGGACGACAGAAAUUUUCGGCGUGCUGAGGCGGGCUGGGGUCGUGUUGGGCACCUCAUCGCAGAGGACGCCGGCGACUACCAUAGUCGCGCCGUCUGGCCGGACGAACGAACCCCAGACGAUAUCCGGCCACGCAAACAGUUGAGGCCAGACAGAGGUCAUGCAGCGGCCUGGGAAUUUGACGGUCGACGCACUGUUGAGGGUUGGCCCGAUGGCCUUGGGCGCGAUCGAUGCUGGACCGACGUCGGAGUUACAGAGGAAAGGGAUGGAUUUAAUCCAUAUUUUGGGCCUGAACAACCACAAGCAGGCUUUGACUUCGAUGAGCCCACAGGCUUUGUCCAUCGCCGCGCAACCGCAGGUUUCGACGACCAGCAGGGGCAUCGUUGCACGGACUGGAGUUUCGGCGAUCCCCCGGAGUUCGAGCCCGACGUGUGUAGUAUCUACGACGGUCCGCCCAUUUUUGAUGAGGAGCAUCCGGUGACGAAUACAUAUUUUUGUCGCAAUAUGGAUCCCGCAUGGGACAUCGCAAUUGUUGAGUCUUCGAAUGGGAAGCCAUCAUUCACUCCCGAUUUUUUGAGUAUUUUGGCCAAAGAUGGUUUUUUUGAGCCGAAGCCGAGGCUCAAUAACUGGUGGGCUAUUUUUCGAUUGUCUAUCGCGAAGUCUCCCAACAACGGGAUGAGUGUACAUGUGCCUUUGCAGCAGACCAGUACUUGCCCAAGAUUAUGUCUACCUUCGGGGUUGUUGGGUGACCUUCAAUCUUCGUGUUUGAUCGGGGGAAGCGUCCAGGCUAUUCAUGUCAUGGGGAUGUCUCCAACGGGAACGUGUCCCGCCUUUUUUGGCCGGAGACACCUCUUCCAAGGCUGUCACCCCUUCCACUGGCGCUGGUGGGGUCUCAGGCCGCCACGGUCGGAGGCGGAGCUUUGCCGUGCAUAUGGUGCAGUUGAGGGACUCGUCGAGAACGUCAGUGGCUGUGAGGAUGGCGCCGCCUCCGCCACCUGGACAAUGGAGAAGAUGGCGUUGAGCUGUUCGGGGAGGAAGGUGGUGAACGCUCGCCGGCGAUGGGGACUGAACGGUGGUUGUGGUGGCUCUUCGUCGCCCGCCGGCGGGAAUGGGGUGGUCGCCAUGUGGAUCUUGGAGAACAUUGUGUAUGUGCUACGGGAUGGUGGUGGCUUGAUUUUUUUGGAGAGCUUUGUUUAUUAUGGUCGGCGGUGA